AUGCAGAGCGACCGGCCGGGGUCGCGUGAGAAUGAGACGGUCCCGUCAACAGGACGCGCCCGACGCGCUGGCGAGAGCCUCGCCAAAGUCCAUGAGCUCAAAAAUGAGAUUCAUGUUGGGGCAAAUGCGUUCGCAUGCUUGCACGGUGUAGCCGGCGUCAGCAACGUGGCGAAUGCAAGGUUCUCGCGUGUUUCCGGUGCCGGUUUUGAGGAGUUCAUAAGCCUCAUUCACCAGGAGAGCAAACUUGACCAUAAAAUACGCCACGAUGACGCACGCCAGCCGCAGCACACCGCACUGGCAGUGGACGAGAAUCUUGCGGCCAGCACGGUCAAAGUCAGCUAUUGUGCGUGUGAGCUGGGGGAGCUCGUGCAGAAUUGGCAGGUUGUGGGACCACGGGACGUAGAUGUAGCGGCGGCCCUGAGACGCAUCAAAUUGGGCCGCCAAGUUAUCACAUUCGCUGGCCACAUUAAUCACCAAGUCAUACUGGUUAAUAUCGAUAGGCGUGCGCGAGUGGCGUGGGUCCAGGUAGAGAUAUAA